GCGACGACAUGCUCCCUCGUGAGACGGAGGCGAAUCGUGGGAGGGAAGAACACGAGGCCAGGGGAAUAUCCCUGGAUGGCUGCCCUUCUCCGAAGAUCUUCCAUCAAAGGACCUUUCUGUGGAGGAUCUCUCAUAUCUCCCAUCCACGUCCUCACCGCUGCUCACUGCGUCCAACGGAUUCUCCAGGAACCACAUUUAUUCCGAGUCCGGAUCGGCGAACACGACUUCGAGAGCGACUUCGAGACCGAGCAUAAAGACUUCACCAUUCGACGAGUCGACGUUCAUCCCGAUUACGAGGAGUCUGAGAGCGUUAUCUACAAUGACCUGGCCGUCCUGGAGCUGAACGAUCCCUGUAUGGAUGAACCUCGGACUGUCUGUCUCCCCGAUAAACCUGGAGACUAUCAGAAUCACAAGGCUAUAGUCGUAGGUUGGGGGACUUCGAUCUUCGGAGGGCAGUAUGAACCCAUCCUCCAAGCCGUCCCUGUCCACAUUUUUCCACACGAAGAGUGUCAGAGUCUCUACGAUGGAAUAAAAAAUACUCAUCUGUGUGCGGGGGACCACGUGGAUGGAGGGAAAGACGCGUGCCGGGUACGACAGAGAUCCCAGGGAUCACGUUCCGUUGUCGAUCGCUGGGUCCGGAAUGAUCCGUUCUUGCCUCUCCAGUGGGAUUCCGGCGGACCCUUACACGUCUGCCAGAACGGAAAAUCGGUCCAAGUUGGGGUCGUAUCGUACGGAUUGGACUGCGGGAGGCCUCACGAGCCAGGCGUCUACAUGAACGUCUCCUCCCACUUGGCCUGGAUCGCUCGGGUGCUUCGUCCGCUCGCUCUCAACGAUGAAAGAUGCGGGGAAUCUCUGGAGGAGGAGCCGAGAACGUUCGAGAACUGCCGGGGGAAUUCCUUCAAACGGUUCUCUUCCCUUCCGCCUUCGGAUCUGUUUCACUGGAACGGGUUCUUGGACACGUUGGAGAGGUUCGUGAGGAUCUCGAGCGUUUGA